AAUAAAGUUAAAGAAACUCAACAACAAGUUGAUGAGGUUACAGGUAUUAUGAACAAUGCUAUUGGUCAAAUGUUAGAUAAUCAACAAAAAGUUUCAGAUUUACAAGAUAAAUCAGAAAAUAUGAAACAAGGUGCAUCUCAAUUCAAAAAGAAGACAAAUCAAGUUAAACGUUUAAUGUGGUGCAGAAAUAUCAAACUUACUCUUAUUAUCAUUGCAAUCGUUUUAAUUUUAAUAGCAGUUAUUGUUGUACCAAUUGUCGUCCACUUUACAUAG